GUUAAAGAUCAUGGCGGCCAUGUUUCUCCUCGUUUCUUGAACAGUUGUCUUAUCUUUGUUUUCAAAAUGCCGAAAGUUGUUUCACGUAGUAUUGUGUGUUCUGAUACGAAGGAUAAGGAGGAGUAUAAUCAAGGGGCAACAUCUUUAACUGUUUAUCACUGUUUGUGUGGACAGAUGGCUUUGAUCUUGGACAGUACUCUAGAGAAACUUCCAUUAAGAAGAACAGAUCAUGCCAGAGUCAUAGAUGGUUCUAAACAUGCCCAUAAGCUCAACUGCAUUGAUGGUGAUACUGUGUUCUUGAAAAGGCCAAAUGGCAUUGAGAGGCAGUUCCGCUUAAAAUGCAAAAAGUGCAAUCUGUGGCUGUUUUACAGACCAUCAAAGAAAGAUCAAACUGUCACAUUUGUUGUAGAUGGAGCACUGGUUCAAACUGGAGACAGUCAUGCCACUACGACCAUCAAACCCAUGGCAAAUAAGGUUAUGGUCACAAAGAGGACAAAAGAAUUUGGUAAAUUCAGUUCUGUGACAGUAUCUACUAUUGAUGAAGAAGAGGAGGAAAUUGAACAGCAUGAAGUUGCUUCAUCUUAUGCUCACAAUGCCCAGAUCAUUGAGAAGCAACUUGAAAGGAAAACAACAGCACAGAAAAGGGCAGCUAUAGACCAGUUAAAACAAGACCAGUCCAAGAAAACAAGAGGUACCCUCAUUGAUCGAGACUAAUUAAAACAGUCGAACAGCUUGACAUACACCAUCUUGUGAACCAGUCUAAAGAUGGACAGCACAAGUUGAUGUGCAAUAUCAGCUUCAGGCAGGAUAUGUCUACUUGCACUGCAUUUCUGUUGGAAAAUGUCAGUCUAGUACAGUUUAGUACAUGUACAUGUACUACUCUGUACAUCGCAGACAUCUUGAUACCCACAGACAUUAGGUGGUGUCAACAAAAUUUUAUUUCCUUGGUGCAUAGUUGUACAGGAAGGUCAAGUA